UGUACAGCGCAGAGGUACAUGCAGCGGUUGGGUGACCUGGAGGGGCAAAGGCCCAUUACCCCUCUAUUCUCACCUGUACCAGUACAGGAUCUUCACCACCCGUGCUUCUUCCGCUAUCUUGUUGUUUCAACUCGUUUUUCGACAGCUUUCUUGGUGGCGGAUCCGUGGAUAAGCACUCCUGUGUGGGUUUUUUAUGGGCGUGUGACGCAGAGCCAGUGCCGAUUCUUUCUCUGGUCGUGAUAGCACGGGGUCUCGGAAUCUGCCUUGGUUUAACAUUUGCUGACAGCUGCUAGACCGACCGCCGUGAGCCAGAGCCGCGAUGCCGAUCGAACAUGAGAUUUAUUGGCGGUUGCGCGGUGCCAAGAUGAACAACAUUCCGUGGCAAUGCUCAUCGGGCCUUGAUUUGCACUGCUAAUCAGCUUCGUUUACAUCACCCGAAAUGCAUCCUCCCGAGUCCCAUGCAUCGCUGCCAGAGAGUCGAGGCCUUGCAGGCUGCAGCAGGAGAUGCGUUCUCGGCCGCCCUCCAGCGUCGCUCGCCGAGGCCGUUCUCCAAAUUUCUUACAGAGCCCAAUUGCACAGUGAUUGGACAGGAAAUUUUUUCAUCUUUGCGCAGACCCUGUACAGAUAACGUGGCUUGGUAGAGUUUGUGGUGUUGUGGCGAAAAAGCGACAAUGGGCGUUGGUCGGGCGCCUUUCGCCCUUGAUCGGGG